GGAGAGCUGCAGACUUCGUCUGGAUCCUGAGUUGGACCGGCACAGAUAUGAGAGGAAGAUCAGCUUUGCUGGGGUCCUGGAUGAAAAUGAAGACUCGAAAGAUUCUCUCCACAGCAGCAGCCACACCCUCAAAUCAGAUGCAGGUGUUGAGGAGAAGAAAGAAGGGAGUCCUUGGAGUGCAAGUGAGCCCAGCAUUGAGCCAGAGGGAAUGAGUAAUGCCGGCACAGAGGAGAAUUACCAUAGAAACAUGUCAUGGCUUCACGUCAUGAUCCUGCUGUGCAAUCAGCAAAGUUUCAUCUGCACCCAUGUCGACUACUGCCAUCCCCACUGCUACCUGCACCACAGCCGCUCCUGUGCCCGGCUGGUCAGAGCCAUCAAGCUGCUGUACGGGGACAGUGUGGACUCCCUCCGAGAGAACAACCACCUCGGCAACGUGGCUCUCCGGGGCAAGAAACAGAAAGAGUGCUCAGAUAAGUCAUGCCUCAGGACACCUUCUCUGAAGAAGAGAGUUUCAGAUGCCAAUCUGGAAGGAAAAAAGGAUUCUGGAAUGCUAAAGUACAUCAGACUUCAGGUGAUGAGCUUGUCGCCUGCCCCCUUGUCUCUGUUGAUCAAGGCAGCGCCCAUUCUGACUGAGGAGAUGUUCGGAGACGUCCAGCCGGCUGCCUGGGAGCUCCUGCUCAGCAUGGAUGAGCACAUGGCUGGGGCCGCAGCUGCCAUGUUCCUACUCUGUGCGGUGAAGGUCCCCGACGCUGUGUCUGACAUGCUGAUGUCAGAGUUCCACCACCCAGAGACCGUGCAGAGGCUGAAUGCUGUCCUCAAGUUCCACACGCUCUGGAGGUUUCGGUAUCAGGUCUGGCCACGGAUGGAGGAGGGAGCUCAGCAGAUUUUUAAGAUCCCACCUCCCAGUAUAAACUUCACCUUGCCCUCGCCAGUGCUUGGAAUGCCAUCCGUCCCCAUGUUUGACCCUCCGUGGGUUCCCCAGUGCAGUGGGAGUGUCCAGGAUCCCAUUAAUGAAGACCAGUCUAAAUCCUUUUCAGCCCGAGCUGUGUCCCGCUCCCAUCAAAGGGCAGAGCACAUCUUAAAGAAUUUACAGCAGGAGGAGGAGAAGAAACGUCUUGGUCGAGAAGCCAGCCUCAUCACCGCCAUUCCCAUCACCCAGGAAGCUUGCUAUGAGCCCACAUGCACACCCAACUCAGAGCCAGAAGAAGAAGUAGAAGAAGUCACCAAUCUGGCAUCCCGUCGACUGUCUGUGAGUCCAUCCUGUACAUCUAGUACUUCCCACAGGAAUUACUCCUUCCGCCGAGGGUCAGUCUGGUCAGUGCGUUCAGCCGUCAGUGCUGAAGAUGAGGAACACACCACGGAACACACGCCAAACCACCAUGUGCCUCAGCCUCCACAGGCGGUGUUCCCAGCAUGCAUCUGUGCAGCAGUGCUUCCCAUUGUUCACCUGAUGGAGGAUGGCGAAGUGCGGGAAGAUGGAGUGGCAGUGAGCGCUGUGGCCCAACAAGUCUUAUGGAAUUGUCUAAUUGAAGAUCCAUCAACAGUUCUUCGGCAUUUUCUGGAAAAACUGACCAUCAGCAAUAGACAAGAUGAGUUAAUGUACAUGUUGCGUAAACUUCUCCUGAAUAUUGGAGACUUUCCUGCUCAGACCUCUCACAUCCUGUUCAAUUACUUGGUGGGAUUAAUCAUGUACUUCGUGCGGACCCCUUGCGAAUGGGGGAUGGAUGCCAUCUCCGCCACUCUGACGUUCCUGUGGGAGGUGGUGGGUUAUGUGGAGGGUCUCUUCUUCAAGGAUCUCAAGCAGACCAUGAAGAAGGAGCAGUGCGAGGUAAAGCUCCUGGUGACCGCUUCCAUGCCAGGUACUAAAACCUUGGUAGUCCAUGGGCAGAACGAGUGUGAUAUCCCAACCCAGUUACCAGUUCAUGAAGACACUCAAUUUGAAGCCCUGUUGAAGGAAUGUCUGGAGUUUUUUAACAUCCCAGAAUCCCAAUCAACACAUUAUUUUCUCAUGGAUAAACGAUGGAACCUCAUCCACUACAAUAAGACCUAUGUUCGAGACAUUUACCCUUUCCGGAGGUCAGUAUCUCCACAGCUGAACCUUGUACACAUGCAUCCAGAGAAGGGACAGGAACUCAUUCAAAAACAGGUGUUCACUCGGAAGCUGGAGGAAGUCGGGAGGGUGCUGUUCCUCAUCUCUUUAACUCAGAAGAUCCCCACGGCCCACAAGCAGUCCCACGUGUCCAUGCUUCAGGAAGACCUCCUCCGACUGCCCUCAUUCCCUCGAAGUGCUAUCGAUGCCGAGUUUUCCCUCUUCAAUGAUCCUCAAGCUGGGAAGGAACUGUUUGGUCUCGACACGCUUCAGAAGAGCCUGUGGAUCCAGCUCCUGGAGGAAAUGUUCCUGGGUAUGCCGAGCGAGUUUCCCUGGGGAGAUGAGAUCAUGCUUUUCCUGAACGUGUUUAACGGGGCUCUGAUCCUGCACCCAGAAGACAGUGCUCUGCUCAGGCAGUACGCGGCCACCGUCAUCAACACCGCCGUGCAUUUCAACCACCUCUUCUCUCUCAGCGGCUACCAGUGGAUCCUCCCCACCAUGCUGCAGGUAUACUCUGACUAUGAAAGCAAUCCCCAGUUGCGCCAAGCCAUUGAGUUUGCUUGCCACCAGUUCUACAUUCUACACCGGAAACCCUUUGUGCUCCAGCUGUUUGCUAGUGUGGCCCCGCUCCUGGAAUUUCCUGAUGCUGCCAAUAAUGGGCCCAGCAAAGGUGUGUCAGCUCAGUGCCUGUUUGACUUGCUACAGUCUCUGGAGGGAGAGACCACAGAUAUAUUAGACAUCUUAGAGCUGGUCAAAGCUGAGAAGCCUCUCAAGUCAUUAGAUUUCUGCUAUGGAAAUGAAGAUCUGACAUUCUCUAUCAGUGAAGCCAUCAAGCUCUGUGUCACUGUGGUAGCCUACGCUCCUGAGUCCUUCAGAAGUCUACAGAUGUUGAUGGUCUUGGAAGCUUUAGUUCCAUGCUACCUACAAAAGCUAAAGAGGCAGACAUCACAGGUGGAGACUGUACCUGCUGCCCGAGAGGAGAUUGCUGCCACAGCUGCUCUUGCCACAUCUCUACAGGCCCUUCUAUACAGUGUAGAGGUCCUUACCAGGCCCAUGACAGCCCCACAGAUGAGCAGGUGUGACCAAGGCCAUAAGGGAACCACCACAGCCAAUCACACCAUGUCGUCUGGGGUGAACACCAGGUACCAGGAACAAGGAGCCAAACUGCACUUUAUCAGGGAAAACCUUCAUUUACUGGAAGAAGGGCAAGGCCUUCCCAGAGAGGAACUAGAUGAACGAAUUGCUCGGGAAGAGUUCAGAAGGCCGCGGGAAUCUCUGCUGAAUAUUUGUACAGAAUUCUAUAAGCACUGUGGGCCAAGGCUGAAGAUCUUGCAAAAUCUAGCUGGGGAGCCGCGGGUCACUGCCCUGGAGUUGCUGGACGUGAAGUCUCACAUGAGGUUGGCAGAAAUCGCACACUCGCUCCUGAAGCUGGCACCGUAUGACACCCAGACAAUGGAGAGCCGUGGGCUUCGGCGGUACAUCAUGGAGAUGCUGCCUAUUACCGACUGGACAGCCGAGGCAGUGAGGCCGGCCCUUAUCCUCAUUUUAAAGAGAUUGGAUAGAAUGUUCAACAAAAUUCAUAAGAUGCCUACUUUGAGGCGACAGGUUGAGUGGGAGCCUGCCAGCAAUUUGAUUGAAGGGGUUUGUUUGACACUUCAGAGGCAGCCAGUCAUAUCCUUCCUGCCUCACCUUAGGUCACUGAUCAAUGUCUGUGUCAAUCUGGUGAUGGGAGUGGUAGGACCUUCCAGUGUUGCUGAUGGAUUGCCCCUUCUUCAUCUCAGCCCUUAUCUCUCACCACCUCUGCCCUUCAGCACAGCUGUUGUCCGGCUUGUAGCAUUGCAGAUACAGGCUUUAAAAGAAGAUUUUCCUUUAAGCCAUGUGAUCUCCCCAUUCACCAAUCAAGAGCGAAGGGAGGGGAUGCUUUUAAAUCUACUCAUCCCAUUUGUGCUCACAGUAGGAUCUGGAAGCAAAGACAGCCCGUGGCUGGAGCAGCCGGAGGUGCAGCUGCUGCUGCAGACGGUCAUCAAUGUGCUCCUGCCACCGAGGAUCAUCAGUACCUCCAGGAGCAAGAACUUCAUGCUGGAGAGCUCCCCUGCUCAUUGCUCCACCCCCGGGGACGCAGGGAAAGACCUGCGCAGAGAAGGCCUGGCUGAGUCCACCAGCCAAGCAGCAUACCUCGCCCUGAAGGUGAUUCUCGUCUGCUUUGAGAGGCAGCUGGGAAGCCAGUGGUACUGGCUGAGCCUCCAGGUGAAAGAGAUGGCUCUGCGGAAGGUGGGCGGCCUGGCCCUGUGGGACUUCCUCGACUUCAUCGUGCGGACCCGAAUACCCAUCUUUGUGCUUUUGCGCCCUUUCAUCCAGUGCAAGCUUCUGGCCCAACCAGCCGAGAAUCACGAAGAGCUUUCUGCCCGGCAACACAUUGCUGACCAGCUGGAGCGGCGCUUCAUACCACGCCCUUUGUGUAAGAGCUCACUGAUCACUGAGUUCAACAGUGAGCUAAAGAUUCUGAAAGAGGCAGUUCACAGUGGAUCCGCCUACCAAGGAAAGACAUCCAUCAGCACCGUGGGCACUUCCACCUCUGCUUAUCGCCUGAGCCUGGCCACCAUGUCCCGCUCUAACACGGGCACGGGCACUGUCUGGGAGCAGGACAGUGAGCCAUCCCAGCAGGCUUCACAGGAUACCCUGAGUAGGACGGACGAGGAAGAUGAGGAAAAUGACUCUAUGAGCAUGCCCAGUGUGGUAAGUGAACAAGAAGCUUACCUCCUGAGUGCGAUUGGAAGGAGGCGGUUCUCCAGCCAUGUCUCCAGCAUGUCUGCACCUCAGGCUGAGGUGGGCAUGUUACCCAGCCAGAGGGUGGCAAGCAUACAGAGUGAGCCUGGCCAACAGAACCUUCUCGUUCAGCAGCCACUGGGAAGAAAGAGGGGCCUAAGGCAGCUAAGACGUCCUCUAUUGUCACGUCAGAAGACUCAAACUGAACCCAGAAACCGUCACGGGGCUCGGCUAUCAACCACUCGCAGAAGCAUUCAACCUAAAACAAAGCCUUCUGCGGAUCAGAAACGAUCUGUGACCUUCAUUGAGGCUCAGCCAGAGCCAGCAGCUGCCCCAACAGAUGUGCUUCCUGCCACAAGCCAGCUACAGGGCUGCAGCCCAGCCCCAUCUAGGAAAUCAGAAGAAAUAGAUGAACCAGUCCUCACUUCUUCCCCCGCCAUAGUUGUUGCAGAUCUCCACAGCCUGUCUUCCAAGCAGAGUGAGACCCUCCCCACUGAAGAAGGAGAAAAGAAGGAAGACACGGAAGUACAAGGUGCCACAGCCCACAGUCCACUCUCUACCCAACUUUCAGAUCCUGAUGACUUCACAGGCCUCGAGACAUCCAGCCUCCUGCAGCACGGAGACACUGUCCUUCACAUCAGUGAGGAAAAUGGCAUGGAGAACCCCUUACUGUCUAGCCAGUUCACGUUUACUCCUACAGAGCUGGGAGAGACAGACAUAGCCCUAGACGAGUCUCAUGUUUAAAUCUGUAUCUUACCUUAUAAGGUGUAGAGAAAGCAUGGACAAAAUCCCUCUGCUAAAUGUUGAAUACUUUCGCUUGAAAAAUAUUACUUACAAAACAGCACUUUACAUCCCGUCCAAUGGAUGGCACAAAUCUGAGUAGAUUUUGUAGCCAACACACAUAAUGAUUCAUACACAUCUUAAAAAUCAAUGGCUAAGAGGACUUAGUUCUGUGAAAACCAUAAAAACCAGGGAGGAAUAAGGGAAAGAGCCAUUCCACUGCACAUUGUUUGUGAUUCAAGAAGCCUUCAGCAGUUAAAAAUAUAUACUAUUCGUUGCUGCUUUCAUAGAAAUAUUAACAGAUAAUAUGUUCUAAAAAGAGAAUGCAAUUUUUUGAGAUUACUCACAUUAUACAUCUCAUGCAAAGGUUUAUUUUUAUAGUUUUGAAAAUAUUAAAUCAGGUGGCUAUACAAAUAGCAACUUACAUAAAAAGAAUCAAUAAGACAAAUGUUUGUUGGGGAGGACUAAAUAACUAAGAAACCUGCAUCCAUUGUUGUUUUGAUUAACAAUGCAGCCAUUAAGAAGAAAAAAAUUAUAUUUAGAGCUGUGAACUUUUCAAUAUUUAUUUUUCAACUGUCAUUUUCAUUGCAUGUUGUAAAUCAAAAUGCUAAUACCAUGAGAUUAUUCCAUUACAUAACCGACCACAUUAGACAGAGAAUAUUCUAGAAGUCAUCAGACAUAAUUUUGAAUUAAGAAGGACCUAAACAGCCUAUACAACUCUAAAAACUAAAUGUAAAUAUAAUAGCUUAAAAGAGAUGGUUUUCCUCCUUCUAGCCCUGAUUACAUCCAUGCCAAGAUGAGGAGAUAUUGGGAAACUAAUAACUUUUCCUUACAGUAUCCUGUGCCUGCCCCUCAGGGCAUAUCUUCAAAAAAUACUAAGGUUAGUGUUGUUAGAAUUGAUUCAGUAAAAUAACUCUUUCUCAGUAGUAACACUAGUCUUAUGAUCCUUGGGACUUCUAAGUUUAUGAGGAAAAAGUCUAUAAAGUAAGCAUUUUCUUCAUAGACACAGCCUGCUUGUAUGAUUUACUAAUAGGCCUUUAACAUGAAGUUUGAUUACUUCAGAAAAGUAUAAAAUUUAGAAGGCUUGUGAGGCCAAUACCUAGUGUGUUAUUGAUCCUGUGGUAGGGCUGGACAUUAUAUAGUUCAAAAUUUUAACAAUUUACGUUAGAAAAACUGUUACAUAACACCUAACCAUAAAAAAACUCAGAUAAUACCUAAAUUGGGAUAGUGGUCUGUGUGUGCCUGUGUGUGUGUGUGUUUUAGUCCUCAAUUGUCAUUAUAUAUACACUUUGACUACAUUGUGAUGAGUUGAAAACACAUUCUUUAUUCUUAAACUUUGACUAUGUUGGCUGUGAGAUGUGUAUGUGUAAAAGAGGAGACCUAUUAAACCCACCCUAAUCAUAAAGAAAAAUUAUUUUGCUAGAAUUGCUUAUUAAAUAGGCAUUGUUUAUAUUGUGAUUUAUAAUUUCAACUGUAAUUUGGGGUUAUGGUCUCAUUCACUAAGAGAAUGAUAGAUGUUUGUGAGUUAGAGAUAAAAGAGCAAACUAAAAGUUUCAAAUCUAACAAUUUGGAAGAUCAAGGAGGUAAAUGGCCUCUUUUAUGUUUAACAAUAUUUUCACAUCAUUUACACUUAAUGCUGAAUUAAUUCUCAAGUGCAGAAAUAUAAAGGUUAAGCAGUUUUAUGACUCCAAGCUGAUCUAUUCACCUGUUAAAAAUUAUGCUGCUCAGUUAGCAUUAGAGGCCUUAUGUUUGGUAAUAACCAAUGUCUUGGCUAUGUGAGUCUCUCUCUACAUGUGUGCUUUUAUCCAGUUUCUGGAUUCUUGAUUUAAAUUAUUUAUGUAUAAUUGUAUCAAAUAUUUAAAAAGCAAAGGGGUCAAAGAAGAUUGUUAAAUAUCUAACAAGAAUCCUAAAAACCUUUAUGCAUAUAUUUUAAAAGUAUUGGGAUGUUUUGAACACGAUUAUGCUGGUCUGUCUGCCUUUUAGCCUGACUCCUUCACCCUAGUGUAUGGAAGUCUAUUAGAAACCUUCGAUAAGCUAAGUAAUGUUGUAUCUCGCAAAAAAGCCUCCACUCUGAGAAGCAGGGCCUUAUAGAGUGGAAAUGUUUCAUACUGGGACUACUGAGAUUUUGCAGAUGUGUGCAUCUGUCCCAUUUAAGGUGCCCUUAAAUGUGUUGAAUGUAAUGUGUUGAAUGUUUAUGUGUAAUGGUUAAAGUAUCUACAUGUAUGUGCAUAAGACUGUCACAAGAUGUAUUCUCAGGAAUACUGUUACCUGGAGUUUGAAGAAAUAACUACUUAAAAAAAAAACAGUUGGGGAAGAUUAGAAAAAACUUCAAGAUAAUUGGUGAAAUGUUCAAAAUAUUACUGAGCACAUGACUAAAAGCUAAUUAAUACAUAUGAAAAAUGCAGUAUUGGUAAUAAUAGAUCAUUUUUUAAGCUAUGAUGCUUAAUGAUAUUUAUCUUAUUCAAAGGAAAAAUAAAACACACACCCACUUCUCAUGUAUAAACAACUGGGCUCAACAAAGAGGUUACUUCUGAAAUCAAUUUUUGAGAGAUCUUGAAAAAACCAUGUGCCAUCCAUGAUAGUGGGUGUAGAUUUACACGACUUAGAUCCAGUCCAGUUAAACCAGUUGAAAUCCUGGACACAGCAUUUUACUUUCAUCUUCCAGUAGUUGCUGCUUUCAGUAAUUCUAUUAGAUAAGUGAUUUGCUUUUUCUGAAGAGGAAACUAAGGUUAUUGAAUGCACCAAGACAAGACACUUAGAGUGCUAGUGUCAAAAGGCAAAAAUGGGCAUGGCGAUGCUGGUGGAAAUAUCUGUGGUAUUGGUAGUUCGGUGAGGGCCUUUGGCCCAGGCUGAGAGUAGCUGAUUUGCUAUUUCAAGCCUCCAAGAGUACCUUAGGUAGUGUGACGGCUCCUCUCUUCUUUGGCGUUUGUUCCUUUAGUCAAUGAAGGACUUUCUCCACACUGCUGCCCAGCUUUGAGAGUAUCUGAGAUGAGAAUAGAGUGUGUGUAGGUACCUAUAGGGAAGAAAGGGUCAAAAAUGAAUAAAUAUUACAGUCCAAAACAUGAAUUAAAUAUCCUUCCUCAAGUGAUACAGGAUACUGCAAUAGAGUCCAGUCUCUGGAAUUUGCUGCUAUCACACCAACUCAUGCUGUUGCCCUGUGACCUCACACUUCCAAUUUCAUGGCCUUGUCUUGGCAGUGAGUUAAAAAAGUCCCACUUCCUCACUUACUUUAGUGGGUCUCAACUGCAGCAUUUCAGAAACAGACUUUGAUUUGACACUCAGGAGAAUACAAGACAGUUGAGAACAGAGUGCAUUUGGAAAAGCUUAAGAUAAAUUUAUUUAUAUUAUUUUAGGAUCAUUUAGGAUUACAGAUCAAUGUACCUCCAUGAUAUUUUUAAAUAGUCACUGUGAACACAGGAUGCAAAUCCUUUAUUAGCCAUUUUGUAGGUAAAAACAAAAGAUUGACUACACAGCCAACUUCCCUCAGAUAACUAUAAAAUCUAUUAUAAGUACUGAAUAACCAAAGAACAUGGAAAAAUACAUAUGAAUACUGAAACAUUUAUGAAAGAUAUUUAUGAAAGAUAUUAAGACUUCUGUGUUUGAAUAUGCACAUAUAAUAAAAUAAAUCUAAAAAGCA